AUGCCCUUGUCAUAUCUGACCAUCACAGAGAAUUUGGCAUUAAAAGGAACGGCUGUACAGUCAAGCACAUAUUCCACCUGGGCAGCUGCAAACGCCAUCGACGGCAUCAAAUACACUCCAAGAUGCUCCCACACAGAUAUCGAGCUCAACCCGUGGUGGAGGCUGGACCUGCUGGAUUCUAACAAAAUUUACAAAGUUACCAUCACCAACAGAAACGACUGCUGUCUGGAUGAAACGACUGGAGUAGAGAUCCGCAUCGGAAACUCUCUGGAAAACAAUGGCAACAACAAUCCCAGAUGUGGUGUCACUUCACUUGCCCCAGCAGGCAGUUCUGUCAGUUUCAUUUGUGGUGGAAUGGAAGGUCGUUAUGUGAACAUGUACCUUCCUAAGAUCCAGGCGAUUCUCUCGCUGUGUGAGGUGGAGGUUUAUGGAACAGUCAAGAAGCAGGUGACCCGAGUCCAGGUGAAAGCUGCUGAGAAUGUGGAUGAAGCUGAACUGAAGGAGCUCGUCUUAAACAAGUUAAAUCAGACGCUGAGCGAUCAGGACGUCAUACUGACAUGGAGGACGCAACCCAACGGGAAAGUCUUCCAGAAGAACAGGACUGUCUGGUACUGGCACUCUGGAGGCCCCUCAGGGCAGACAUGGGACAGUGGACCUCCAGAGUGGUACCUGUUCAGGGCACCAAUGCAUAUCAGAAGAGAAUCAGGAGGCCAUGGCGGAUCUGGGGAUGACACUGAAGCUAACUGGAGAUCUGUUGCCUUCCUGGGUUGA